AUGGACCAGGCGGAUAUUCCUGCCUUGCUGGCACGCCUGGCUAGUGACGAGGACACGGCACGCAAAAUGGCCGUCUUCAAGCUCCAGACAUCCAUCAACGACCCGGCUUUCGCAGACGUCUUCAUCUCUUCUGGCGGCCUCAUCAUCCUGCGCCGGCUGAUCAUGAGUACCGGCGGAAACACACUAGCGUACUCGUUGCAGAGCCUGAGCAGGCUGCUCGAAGUUGACAUGGGCUGGGACAUCUUCGAAGGCCCCACCGCAGGCGACCUGGUCGAGCGCAUAGUCGAACUCAUCGUAACGAACCCACUCGUCAACAUUCUCCGAGGCGCCAUGUCCAUCUUGGUCGCGCUUGUCAGCCACUCGCAGUCUGGCCCCGCGCUGUCUCCCGCGCCCCCGGCAGCUAUGGCUUCCCUGCAGUCCGCCGACCACGCCCUCUGCGCCAAUGCGCUCAUGCUCAUCAACGCCCUCAUACGAGACGCGGUUGCCAAUGACGGUGGUAACUCGGCUGCGGUUGCAAAGGGCGCCGUUCCCGUGCCAGGAGAGGAAUGGUCCAAAUUUAUCAAGCGCCUGCAAGAUCUAGGCCUCAUCAAGGCGGUCUACAAUCUGAUGCAGAGCUCGGCCCUGCAGGACCUGGCACACCCCUUACUCGAGUUCCAGUCCCUGACCAAGGUCCUGCUAAGGAAAUGGCGCGAGGGGAGCAGACGCCACAACCCCGAGAAGUGGAGGCGGCUUGGAUUCGAGUCGGAGAGCCCCGCGCAGGAGUUUGAUGUAUCGGGCUUUCUCGGCAUGAUGGACCUUACGGAUUACGUGAGGAAAAACGAGGACGGGUUCCAGAAACUACUUCUCGAGCAGUCGGCUAGGCCCUUACGGGAGAGGUGCCCCGUUGCGCGAGCCAGUCUCGCAGUGACCAUGACCCUCUAUCAGCAUUUCGAGGUAGACAAGGUUGAGCUGGAAGAUCCCAAAGGCUACCAGCUCCUCGGCGAUAUUAAGAACAACGACGGCCUCUUCCGGCCCUUGCUCCUCCAGUGGUCUCGACUGCACACGGCCGGCUUGCACGCCUUCUUCCGCAUCUGGAAGGCAACCAUGGCCGAGCUCAACGACUUUGAAAAGACAAAGGAUGUGCUCGAGGUUGAGGACGACCUCAUGGAAUACGACUGCGGCCGGUUGAGGGAAUUGCAGAUGGAACUUCUCGAAUUGUCAUUCGAAGACAAUUGGGGCCUGCAUCUCCAACAGGUCCGCGACGAACUAAAGAACGAGGCGCUUCAGUUUGUCAAAGAGCAGCGCGUCCGCUGCCUACUCGAGGGCUCGUGGUUCUACAGGCCCACCCCGAAACGCUCCAACGUGUCGGAAGACCAGGCGAUGAGGCGCAAGGGCUUCACACUGACACCGUGGAGAUUUGCCAGGCUCUCGCACAACAAGCGCUUCUUGCACUACGCCGACUUUGCGGACAAGGUCCCCAUUGAGCCGGCUUUGGACUCGCUGACAGAAAAGGUCGACCUGUCCACCAUCAGCUCCGUGGUCUCCAAUGUGUCGGCGCCCAACGACGAUGCCAGGAGUGCCACGAGCAUCUCCACGGCCAAGACGCCCCCAACGAAGCCCACUACCAAGAUUACCGUGUAUUCCUUUACCAACCCGAGCGAGGCAGGGACCAGCGCCGAUGGCGCGGACGAAGAGAAACCAAUCCUCACACUCUACCCCACCACCCACAGCCUGGCGUCUGAGUGGCUCGACGGCCUCUUGAUGCUCCUCAACCAGGCGCCUAUCACGGCCGAGACGAACAAGCUCGUGUACCUUGUGAGCGAGUACGGCCUCAAGAUCCGGCUGCUAAACGUUCGUUUCGAAGCGGCAUACAACGGCCCACCACCGGGGGCCGGCGCAAUCCCUAGCCGAGAGGGACUGGAUGAAGAUUACUACUACGAAGUGUAA